AUGUCGUCGCCAAGAAACGCCGCCACGACUACACAUGAGCAAGAGGCCGAGUCGUCAGCUGCAGUUGUCGGCCAUGUUGAAGAAACCGCAAGGGAUGAACACGUCGAUGACUCCGAUGUCGAGGCUGGGGAGGUGACCGGGGAAGAUGAGUCUGACGCAGAAAAGAAGGCCGACGGAGCCGAUAAGUCGCCAGAAGAAUCACCAUCCCCUGAUGCUGAUGCUACUGCUAAUGGAGAGGCGCCGCCGCUGCCCAAUGAAGCCGUUCCCGGCGGUCCACCCUUGCCAGAUGAGCCGGUGCCGCAGCAGUCAGAGGAUGACGGAUGGGAUUGCCAGUGGGAUGCGAAUAACCAGGCUUGGUUCUUCUACAAUCGUUUCACAGGCAAGUCCCAAUGGGAAAAUCCUCGAGUCCCUGAUGCUACUGGCGCUGCUCCCGGCGGCACAACCUCGCAAGGGGGAGAGCCCCAGCCGCCUUCUCACGAGAAGCCCGUUGCUGGAGGCUACAACCCUGCCAUUCAUGGUGAUUAUGAUCCAAAUGCAUGGUACGCCAAGAAUGAUGAAGAGGAUGAGAAUGCGUCUGCUGCCUUGGCCAGCGAUCCUGCUGCCAUAUAUGCCGCUACAGUUUCUUUUAACCGCUUCACCGGCAACUUUCAGUCUGGCGAGGCAGGCCCCGAGCGGCAUUCCGACGAAGCAAAGUCUAGACGUCAGAUGAACGCAUACUUUGACGUCGAUGCCGCGGCAAAUGCUCAUGGUGGUCGCAGCUUAAAAGCCGAGCGGUCAAACAAGAAGCCAACCAAGAACGAGCUCAAGGCCUUUAAGGAGAAACGUCGAGCGAGGAAGGAAGAGAAGCGCCGAGCUUGGCUACGCGACUGA